AAAAAAGCUGGGCAUUGUGGUGGGCACCUGUAGUCCCAGCUACUUGGGAGACUGAGGCAAGAGAAUCACUUAAGCCCAAGAGUUUCAGGUUGCUGUGAGCUGUGACGCCACAGCACUCUACCCAGGGCAACAGCUUGAGACUCCGCCUCAAAAAUAAAUAAGUAAAUAAAUAAAAUAAAAUUUAUAUUCAAAGAGUAAUAUCUCUUUAAGGACUCAAAUCAGAAGUCACUACCCAAGAAGCUUUUGUUACAGAAGCUGGCAGAAAGAGCUCUAGGAAGUAGACUUAAUAAGCAAUUUCAAAAAAUGAUGGUUAACUUACUUUCUGGGCUGCUUUGGUAGUUGCCAAUUUCUGCAGAUAUAAGAGGAUACUAUUCUGCACAAUGUAAUUUCAGUUGCUUCCUAAAUGGCUUUAUAUCUAAAAGGCUUAGGAUUUUUGGUUUAGAUCAUAGUAGGUUCAUGGAUGUAUGCUAAAAGUUCACAAUAAAUUCUUUUCCACAUUAAAAGUGAAAUAUUACUUUUCUGAGAAACACUAGAUUAGGUGACAUUGGAAAUGGCUAAGGUAAAACAUGCUAAAAUAAUAUUCUCAACAAUUGUUAUUAGCAGAACACUUUACUGUUUAAAAAUUACUUUCACCUGCGUUGCUUCUUAAAAUUCUCAAAAUCACUCACUGAUGUCCUAUUAUAUACCACAAAAUAUUGAUGUCUUUAAAAUAUAUAGAUCCCAUUCUUCUUCACAAUCGGCUCAUUGUGACUUCUCCCUCCCACUUCUCUGUAAAUUCAUUGGAUCACUACUCAAAUUUAAGCCUUCAGUAGAUAAUACAAACUUGCUAGAAAGAGCUCUGGAUGUAUAAGCAUAUGGUAGCCAACUUACUUUUCGUCAGAACCACCUCUCAAGUCAUCCACAUCCAGAUGCCUAGAAAUCUUUCCUUUUUCCUCUCCCCUGUCACCCAAAGAACUAGUGAGUAUGAGUGAACAGAUGCUCAGAAUGUGCUCUGAGACCACACUCCCAUCCCAUCUAUCAGCACAUGAAACUCUAUUCUUCAAGGAUUGCUUAACAUGAGCUGAGAUUUAAAAGUAAGUCCUGGAUACAAACAGAACAUCCUGACAUUUUAAUAAUGAGGUGGCCCAGUGAGAAACUCAAGCAAUGUGGCUUAGCUAGGAGCAGCCCUUGAUGGUGUUGAUAGCAAACACAUUCAAGUAUCUUGCUGUAUCCAUAAAUUGCACCUUUGACUAGUCACUACCCAAGAAGCUUUUGUUACAGAAGCUGGCAGAAAUAGCUCUAGGAAGUAGACUUAUUAAGCGGUUUCAAAAAAUGAUGUCCUAUAAUAUGCCACAAAAUAUUGAUGCCUCAAAAAUAUAUAGAUCAAUAUGUAUUUGAUCUGAACCAGUGUCACUGAACCGGUAUAGGUCACAUGUACCAAUGGGGCCCUUGGUAUGAAACAUCCAGUGGAAAUUCAAGCUGUGAAUUCAAAAGGUCACAUAUCAGAUACUCUCACAACUCGAAGGGUCAAUGAUUGCAACCAGUUUGGGUGGAGGUCUGCACUGAGCAUUGAAUUCCCAAAAAACAACUUAGCCAGUAUCUUCUGAUCUUUAUGUCAAAGUGAGAUGUUUUCUGUGGAAACAUUUAGAAAACUAUAGUUAGGCUACGUGACAUUUUAAGAGUAAUCAGCACAGUGUAAGCAAAGAGCUAAAGGUUACAAUUAAUAACCAUCUAAAGAAAUUUCAGAUGCCAGUUACCUGAUCAGUAAUGGCUGGCUGGCCACCAGUUUCACUACCUACUCUUUUGCCUGUCACCAAAGGUCCCAGUUCACAACUUUAAAGGUGGCUUUCCUCCCAGAAGUUCCUAUGGAACAUAGCCUAGCCAUCCAGAGAGUGCCCCAGAAGUUUUUCAGAAAAUGAGUUUAAGAGCCAGAUCUCUGCUUGUCUCCUGGUAGCUCCAGAUAAGCCCUUUCUGGGGUUACCACACAUGAGGGCUUUGAAAUUUCUUUGUGGCCAGAAGUCAGUCUUUGAUGUUUGUGACUUUUGCUUGAGGCUAUUAUUUGAGUGAAUUCAAGUGUUCUAGAUGAGAAGAUACAGGAACAGGUUCAUACCAACCAACUGGAGCACUGUGCCUCCCACUGUGAUUCCUUUCUCCACUGCUGCAAGAAAAGGAAGGGGAGGCAGAUGCUGCUUUUCAGAUCUACAUACUGAUUUCCCCUACAACGAGCGACUCACAUGCUGAAUUAAACAGGGUAAGAGGGGCUCAUGCUGAGGAUACCUGCGGGAAAGGCUUAGGAACACUAGAACGAGGUGGAUUAAACUUUUAGAUAUAAAGAAUGGAAAAUUAACCCUAAAUAUGGCCUUUUCUUUGCCUCUCCCUCCCUUCCCAGGUAUAAUACAUUAAAGCAGCCUGAAGCCUGGUCUUUUCACUCUGGUUAGGCCUUUGUGACCAAGACAGGCCUCCAUCAAUGAGAAGGUGCCUACUCCUUGUUCUGUGUUUAUUGUAGAAAUUUGGUAUCUUUAGAAGUGUUCUCACAGGCAUGUAUGUCAUUAGACUCUCACAGGUCUGAGAGGGAGCUAUUAUUAAGCCUAUUUGAGGACACGGAUACUCAGAGUUGUGACUGGAGGUUCCGUAGGGCCAGGUAUAAUCCUCACAGUGAAUGAAGACAGAGGUUUGGUUUAAAGGGGAGACUUUCUUUGAGAUAGAGUCUCACUCACCAGGUUUCCCAUGCUAGAGUGCCAUGGCUUCAGCCUACCUCACAGAAACAUAUUUUUAAGUUCUCAGGAACUUUAUUAUCUAAUCAGAGUUAUCAUCCUUUAGUCUGGGACCCAAGUAAUAAAAUUGUGCCCAUGUCUCUGCAUUGGCAGAGAAAGAAAUUUUAAGGUAGAGCUCAGCUUUCUGAGAAGAGUUUGGAUAAAUGUAUUUUCUCUCUUCCCUGUGGACAUGCAGGUGGUUCUGGUGACUGAGAUGGCAUCCUCCCUAAAGAUCUGGGUCAUUGUCUUGACCCUGCUUUGCAUCCUAUGCAGGCUGCUUGUAUACAGAAAAGAUGUUUCCUGGCGAGAAUUCAUGAAACAGCACCACUUAAGUCCAAGUCGAGAAUUUAAUGAGUACAAAUGCAAUGUCCUCAUGAGGGAACAAGAAGCUCUAAAAGACAAGAGCUCUCACGUGUUCAUCUAUGUCUCAGAGUACAAAAUUGGAGGUAUAUGCAUUAAUGGCAACUGGAGGGAUCGCUACAGAAAUACAUAUGUUUGGCUCCAGAAUGCCCUCAAAGUACUCAGGUGCCACCAGGAGAAUGACAACAAUGGCUACACAGAGAGCAGGAGCUUCGACUAUGUUGAAUUCCACUGUGGUACAGAUGGUCAUGUUGAUAGCAUAGAGGACCUGAAGAUGGUGGAGCCUAUCAGCGACUAGAAGGUCUAUCCACAGCCAUAGGCCAUGGUAGUGUACUCGGUACUUCCCCAGACUACAUCAGUAGCCCCUGCCACUCUGCAUUUAUGUGUCCGUAUUUUCCAACUAUUUAGAAUUAUGUAUCACAUGGUUUCUUGACACCAUAACUUUGCCUAGGUUGUUUUUCUGUCUGGAGUAUACUUCUAUUCCCGCCCAGCCAGGUUCAUCUGUCUGCUGCUCAAGAGUAAGCCAAUAUCCAGAGACAACAGGGUUCAGAUAAAGACUUUAUUCUACAAAGUGCUAAGCAGAAAGAUGGGAGUAAUUUCUCAAAUCCACCUUUCUAAGAAUUAAGGGGGCAGGGUUUUUAAAGACAAUUUGGUAGGCAAAAGAUUAGACAACCGGGGAUUGUUAACUGGGUCGUUUCAGGGUGGAGCCAUCAGUCCUUUGGUAUGGGAUGCCACCUGGGUGGGCCAGGGACUGGAAUGCAGGACCUCGGGUGGACUUUCUAAGACCAGUUGAGUGAGUUCCUUGGUCUGGGUGGACCUGGAAGAUACCUCAAAAACAACCUUUAGCUUCCAAACAGGUAAUGUUCUUAUAAGGACAACUUUGCAUGACUGCAGGAUACAGAAGCAAACAGAGGGAAUAUUAUUAUCAAGCAAAUGAGGGGAUAAGGGCUAAUUAUUACCAUUAUUUUAGUUAAGCCUGCUCCUUCUCAGAAUUCUGGGGCCCUUACUCUAGUUCUUGCCUUGCACCCUUUCAUCGAUUUGUAAGGGUGUUUUCACUUCUGUCUACAUUUACCUAAUUUAUGCCUACGUUUUUUCAGGAUUCAGUCAUAUUCAGUCAUAUGGCUACCCCAAGAAGAUAUUGACUCUCCUUUUAUCUACCCAAGCUGAAUGAUCUUCCCUUCCCUAAAUAAAUUAUA